AUGGAGGGCCGUUCAUCACCAAAUCCGAUGGCACCCAAGAUUACUCUUGAUACUUCAAACUUGACAGAACAAGCAGAGUCAACGGUUUCACCAAUUUCACCAUUACACAGGAGGGGCCCUAGCAUGUCCACACCGCCUGGAACGGCUAUAGAUGAAAGCUCAUAUCUCUCACCGACUACUCCUGAGCGAAAACAUGCCUUCGAUGGAUCAACGCUCAAUUCUAGAUCCGGGUCGUUACAAUCAAACGACCCGACGACUCGAUUUCGAUCCAACUCGGGCAUCUCGGCUACCUCUACUGUCACUGUACAUUCGAAAACCAGUCUCGAAUACGAGUCGCCAGAGGACGCCUUGCAACCAGACAAAGGUAACGAAAAGGACUUCAAUGUUGAGAACAAUCCAUUCGCGUUCUCGCCCGGUAUGCUGAACAAGCUCCUGAAUCCAAAGUCUCUAUCAGCUUUCAAAGCGUUGGGUGGUCCACGAGGAUUAGCCAAAGGGUUGAGGACUAGUCUCACUGCUGGUCUGUCAAUGGACGAGACGAGACUCGAUGGCCAAGUCACCUUGGAAGAUGUUUCAAGGUCAGUAUCGGAAAAAGGCAACUUCACAGAUGUGCCUCUUUCGCGACACGCAUCAAAUGCAUCGGUGCGCGAAGUAAAAGAUCAAUUCGAAGAUCGACAUCGCGUCUUUCGAGACAAUCGAUUACCAGAGCGGAAACCUGAUGGGAUUCUGGUCCUGAUCUGGAGAGCAUACAACGACAAAAUCCUCAUUUUGUUGACAAUUGCCGCGGUCAUUUCUCUGGCACUCGGCAUCUACGAAAGUGUCGCUGGCGAGUCUGGCGUCGACUGGGUGGAGGGUGUAGCCAUUUGUGUCGCCAUCAUUAUCGUCGUUACGGUUGGAGCAGCAAAUGACUGGCAGAAAGAACGACAAUUUGUCAAGCUCAAUAAGCGGAAAGAUGACCGCGAAGUCAAGGUUAUUCGAUCAGGGAAAUCCGUCAUGAUGUCGGUUCACGACAUCACGGCUGGUGAUAUUCUUCAUCUAGAGCCCGGCGAUGCCAUUCCAGCGGACGGUAUUCUCAUCACUGGUCACGGUGUUAAGUGUGACGAGUCAUCUGCUACUGGAGAAUCCGAUCAAAUGAAGAAAACUCCUGGUGAUGAGGUUUGGAACCGAAUCCAGGACGGGACUGCCACAGCCAAACUCGAUCCCUUCAUCAUUAGCGGUUCCAAGGUUCUUGAAGGCGUUGGCACAUAUCUCGUCACCAGCGUCGGCGUCAACAGCUCUUACGGCAAGAUUUUGAUGAGUCUCCAAACCGAUAACGACCCGACCCCUCUUCAAGUCAAGCUUGGAAAGCUCGCGAACUGGAUCGGUGGACUCGGUUCAGGCGCUGCUAUCCUUCUGUUCUUCGUUCUCCUGUUCAAAUUUCUCGGACAUCUGUCGAGCGACACACGACCUGGCCCAGAGAAAGCGCAGGAAUUCCUGGACAUCCUGAUUGUUGCUAUUACUGUCAUCGUUGUGGCCGUGCCCGAAGGUCUGCCUCUGGCUGUAACUCUGGCACUUGCUUUUGCUACGACUCGAAUGCUAAAGGAGAACAACCUGGUGCGCGAGCUUCGUGCUUGUGAAACUAUGGGCAAUGCUACAACGAUUUGCUCCGACAAGACUGGAACUCUUACACAAAACAAGAUGACGGUGGUAGCUGGCACCAUUGGCUCGACUGAGCAAUUCGCUUCUUCACAUUCGGGGGAGAAGUCCAAGGCUACGCCAUCUGCCACGAUGUUUGGAAAGCUCAACGCAGAAGUCAAAGACCUCUUCAAACUCUCCUUCACACUCAACAGUACCGCAUUUGCAGGUGAGGAGAAAGGAGUUGCAACAUUUAUUGGUUCGAAGACCGAAGUUGCACUUCUCACACUUGCGAAGGAGCAACUGGGACUAGAUGAUCUGGCUGCAGAACGCUCAAGCUACAAGAUCAAGCAACUCUUCCCGUUCGACUCCAGCCGAAAAUGUAUGGGGAUUGUGAUCAAACAGCACGGUGGUUAUCGCCUUUUGGUCAAGGGUGCUGCAGAGAUCAUGCUUGCAAACGCGACCAAGACAAUUUCAAAUAUUUACGAAAGGCAAUUCCAAGUUGAUGACUUCACCAGCGAGGAGAAGGAACAUGCCGCGGCCAUUAUCGACGAGUAUGCAAAGCAGUCUCUCCGCACUAUUGGUAUUCUCUACAAGGACUUCCCACAAUGGCCACCUGCUGGCGCAAAGACUUUGGAAGAAGAUCCAAAGAUGGCCGACUUCGGUGAUAUCUUCCAUGAAAUGACAUGGGUUGGCGUUGUAGGUAUCCAUGAUCCUCUCCGUGAUGGAGUCAUUGAAGCAGUCUCUCAAUGUCGACUCUCUGGUGUUGUGGUCCGCAUGGUCACUGGUGAUAACAUCACAACCGCUCGUGCCAUUGCUACCGACUGUGGCAUCCUGCGCUCAGAUGAAGAAGGCAUUGUUAUGGAAGGACCCAAGUUCCGCCAACUCUCCAACGAAGAAAUGGACAGCAUUCUCCCCAAGCUCCGUGUUUUAGCCCGAUCAUCACCUGAAGACAAGCGGAUUUUGGUCGGCAGACUUAAGCAUCUUGGCGAGACGGUCGCGGUUACUGGUGACGGUACCAACGAUGGCCCAGCUCUAAAGAUGGCAGAUGUCGGUUUCAGUAUGGGUAUCGCAGGUACGGAAGUUGCCAAGGAGGCUUCGUCAAUCAUCCUUCUCGACGACAACUUCUCCUCCACGAUCACCGCUCUCAUGUGGGGCCGAGCCGUCAACGAUGCUGUCAAGAAAUUCUUACAGUUCCAGAUCACCGUCAACAUCACAGCUGUAGUACUGACGUUUGUCUCUGCGGUCUCCAACGACUCCAAUCACUCUGUGCUUACCGCCGUUCAGCUUCUCUGGGUCAAUCUCAUCAUGGAUACCCUGGCUGCACUUGCACUGGCCACUGAUGCCCCCACGAAGAAGAUUCUUGAUCGUCCACCACAACCCAAAUCUGAAGCUCUCAUUACCAUCAAUAUGUGGAAGAUGAUUGUCGGCCAGGCCAUUUAUCAACUCGUCGUGACCUUCACACUCUACUUCGCGGGCAUGCGUAUCUUCAGCUAUCGACCCGAACAGCAGAUUGAAUUGAACACAAUCGUCUUCAACUCUUUCGUUUGGAUGCAGAUCUUCAACGAAUUCAACAACCGCCGUCUGGACAACAAGUUUAAUAUCUUCGAGGGUAUCCACAAGAAUUUCUGGUUCCAGGGCAUCAACUGCAUCAUGGUUGGUGGACAGAUUAUGAUCAUCUUCAUUGGUGGUCGCGCCUUCAGCAUCACCCGUCUCAACGGCACCCAAUGGGCAAUUUCUCUGCUCUGCGCGCUCCCCUGUCUCUUAUGGGCUGUUUUGGUCCGUCUAUUCCCAGACGCGAUCUUUGCAGUUGGCUUCAAUGCCUGUGUCGGCGCAAUGUCGUUUGUGCUCCGCCCAAUCUGGAAGGUUCUACACAUUAUCUUCCACCCCGUCGCACAGGUCUUCCGCGCCAUGUCUCGCGUCGCCAAGCGCGCCUUUGGUAAGAAGAAGACUGAAGAGGACGAGGCGGAACAGCCAAUCGAUGAAGAACGCCCAUCGACUAGCUAUCCCGGAUCGCGACCAAAGACUAUGGACACAGAGUCUGCUGAGCGCUCUGGACUGACUCCUGCUUCGACUGCCACAGAGGGAAAUUUCGUCACCAGCAAUGGGAUGAAUGGAAAAGGCAACUCAACGCCUUUGAACGAGAUACCUGUCCCAUCCGUGUCCGUCACAACACCGAGAUGA